GGAAAACAUAAACAAGCGGAUCGACGGGAUUACGGAACAGUUUAAAUAAUAAUUAAUUGUAAAAGGGGAAUAGGUUAAAGUAUUCCACGAAAGAUGGCUCUUCGUCAGGCGCUGGUGCGAGCGGUGGUUGCCAGGAGCCAGAAUCGCGCAUACAGCAGCAGGAUCUCGUCCACUUUGUACAGCAACCGAUUGUAUGAACCGGAUUACUUAGAUUCAAUGAAACCCAAAUACCCGCUGUACGAAACGCUCAACUUUACCAUCAAAGGUUACGACUUUCCCGUGCUCGAGAGCUACCAGAAAUUAAUUUAUAACGUGGCGGACUCGAUGGACCUGGACAUAGUAGAUGCUUACGCCCAUCCACCGCAAAAGCUGACCGUACAAAAGUUCAAACCCAGCUCGAGCGUCAUCGAUAGCGAGUAUAAGCUGACGGUGUACGAGCGGACAGUGCAGAUUGAUAACGUGCUGGCACCGCUGUAUCCGGUACUCCUGCGCACGCUGCAGGCCGGACUCCCGGAGGGUGUCACGUUAAACGUGACGGAACAUACGUCGGAACAGGAAGAAUCCCGUUAUGUGCCCGAUCGGGAUUUGAAGGAGUUAAAGCAGCAGCUAGAUGAAAUGGGAGGUCCAACCAAAUCUAAAAAAUAAAAAAGAAACCCCGGGAAGGCUCAGGAUUAGCCGGU